CCAGUGCUGGACCAGCUCCUGCCAGAGCUCAACGUCUUGCUCAAGCUGCUGGACCAUGAAUACCUGAGUGCCACCACACAAGAGAAGAAGCUGGCUGUCUCUACCAUCCUGCAGAAGCUACAGCCACCCGCAGGGAAGGACGUGGACUACAUGUAUGUCAACACGGCGUCGCUGAGCAAUGGCACCAGCUUCGUGGAGUCUCUCUUUGAGGAGUUUGACUGUGACCUGCGGGAUCUCCAGGACAUGCAGGAGGAGGAGGGCGACACCAGUGAUGGCAUUGGACUGGAGCUGGAGAGGAGCCAGACAGAAAAAACUGUUCCUGUGGACCCUGCUCCGCCACUGCCCACCACCCCCCCACCGGAGGAUUACUACGAAGAAGCCCUGCCCCUGGGCCCUGGCAAAGCCCCCGAGUACAUCACCUCCCGCAACAGCUCCAGCCCCCCCAACUCCAUUGAGGACGGCUACUACGAGGAUGCAGACAGCAACUACCCUGUCACCAGGAUGAAUGGGGAGCAAAAAAGCUCCUACAAUGACUCGGAUGCGAUGAGCAGCUCUUACGAGUCCUACGACGACGAGGAGGAGGAGGGCAAGGGCCAGCAGCUGACACACCAGUGGCCGUCAGAGGAAGCCUCCAUGAACCUGGUGAAGGAUUGCAGGAUUUGCGCUUUCCUAUUGCGGAAGAAACGUUUUGGACAGUGGGCCAAGCAGCUCACCAUCAUACGGGACAGCAAGCUGCUGUGCUACAAAAGCUCCAAGGACCGGCAGCCACACAUGGAGGUACCCCUGGCCACCUGCAACGUCAUCUACGUGCCCAAGGACGGGCGGCGGAAGAAGCACGAGUUGCGGUUCUCGCUGCCAGGGGCCGAGGCGCUGGUGCUGGCCGUGCAGAGCAAAGAGCAGGCUGAGGAGUGGCUGAAGGUGAUAAAGGAAGCCAGCAGUCCAGCAGCAGGCGGGAUGGAAGCCCCCACCUCCCCGGUGAUGCCGUGCAAGAUGGACCUGGAUAAGCGGCUCUCCCAGGAGAAGCACACCUCCGAUUCCGACAGCGUGGCCACGGGCGAGACCGGUUCCCCGGCAGCCCGCAGAGAGCCCGGCGAGCACGGGAAAGGCAAAAAGAGCGGCUUGGCAGACCUGAAGGGCUCAAUGAGUCGGGCAGCAGGGAAGAAGAUCACCAGGAUCAUCAGCUUCUCCAAGAAGAAGCCUUCUCCUGAGGACACACAGACCUCCUCCACUGAGGAAGACAUCCCCUGCUGCGGCCACCUCAGCGUCCUGGUUAACCAGUGCUGGAAGGAGCGCUGGUGUCGCCUGAAGGGCAACACCCUCUACUUCCACAAGGACCGCACCGACCUGCGGACCCACGUGAACGCCAUCGUGCUCCGGGGCUGCGAGGUGGUCCCGGGGCUGGGCCCCAAGCACCCCUUCGCCUUCCGCAUCCUUCGCAACGGGCAGGAGGUGGCCGCGCUGGAGGCAAGCUGCUCGGAAGACCUGGGCCGCUGGCUGGGUCUCCUUUUGGUGGAGACAGGCUCACAGACAGCACCAGAGGCCUUGCACUAUGACUAUGUGGAUGUGGAGACAAUUGCUAACAUAGUGACAGCCGUGAGGCACUCCUACCUGUGGGCCAGCUCCUCCCAGGACCACCGGCCAGACUCCUCCCGUGUGGUAUACGAUGACGUCCCCUAUGAGAAGGUUCAG